CGUCACUCACUGUGGAGAAAAACCCUAAAACAUUUUCCGGUGAGAAAUGAGUAUCAUCCGUAGCGCGAUCAGAUCGGGUUUGUGUCUCCGGCAGUCGAAUCAUGUAAUUAGCGGUAGCUCUCUUCUAUUUCUUCAGGAUUGGAGGAAAUGCCUAUCUACCGCAACGGAGCAGCCUCCUUCCUCCCCGUUACCACCGCCUCCGGGAGGUUCUCCGGGAGAAGGGAGGUUUUAUGGGAAAUUUUCAGGCUUUUCAAAACAUGCUCUGAAGACUGAUAUCAUGAACGUACUCGAAGGCUGCAAUGUGACACCAGAUGAUCUCAAAUUCAACUAUCUGCGUGGUGGAAACUUAACUCCUGCCGCAGUUUUUGUCCAGUUUCCUUCCCUUUCCGCAUAUGAUAGAGGACUGCGGAAUAUCGCAAAGAAAGGAAAGCUAUAUAGAUUAGAAAGGGCUGCUCGUUCUCAGUGGGAUCCAAUUGUCCCUUAUGAGGGGAAAGUGGUUGCACUACAUGGGCUUCCGGUGAAUGCUAUAACAGAUGACAUAGAUAGGUUCUUAUCUGGCUGUCUCUAUUAUCCUGGAUCCAUCCAGUUCCUCACAGUUCAAGGACUGGGAACUUCAAAGAGGGUGGCGUUGGUGCGUUUCACGUCACAGACACAGGCAAUGAACGCAUACAUUACAAAGAACAGGAACUUCCUUCUCAACCAACGAAUCACAUUGCAAGUUCUGCAGUAAUUUCUUAGUUCCUCAUUCUAUUCUGGUGGUGUAAUACAAUGGUAAGAAAUCCAAAGCGCAUUUUUUGUGCCUUUACUGUUGGGAUGUUCUAGGUCGAUUUGAUUAUCAAAAAUUUCUAUCUGCAGACAUCUUGAUGCUAGAAAAACUAUUGUUGUCUCUCUUCCCUGGCUCAGUUUGAAGUUCAUGAAUAAAAAAAUGCAUGUGGCUUAGUAGUA